GGGAUCUUCGUUCUUUGUUUUCAUCCGACAUACUUCGGCUUGCUUGCCUCUUGUUGUCUAUUAUCCGCUCAAUUCCCCCCACACCAUAAAGAAAAUCCAGCCUUCUCCUCUCAUUCUACCCAGCCGAGGUAUAAUUGAUUGGCGGGGCAGUCCCUCUGCUCGCCAAUCCAUUGCUCGAUAACAUCACCUGCCGUCGCUAUCCGAAAGUCUGCAACCUUCUUUCUGCCCGUUCAUCAUUACCUUUUACUUCGCUCGAGAAGAGCAACUUUUACCUUCAUGACUGCCACAAUGCCACACCGGCGUCCCUCGGGACAGUCCCACAGGCUGGCGUCUCUGGAUACUCGAGAUGAGAUUCAGAUCCACCCGGACCACUACAUUGGCAUCGACGUAGGCACUGGGAGUGCCCGCGCGUGCAUCAUUGACGGCAACGGGGAUAUCGUUGGAUUGGCGACUGAAAAUAUCGGCCUCUGGCAGCCUCAACAAGGUUUCUACGAGCAAUCGACCACUGACAUCUGGCGUUGUAUCUGCGUAGCCGUUCAGCGCGCCAUCAGCCAGCAUAACGUCGACCCGGAAACUGUAAGAGGAAUUGGAUUUGAUGCCACUUGCUCCCUUGCUGUUUUCUCCAAUGUCAAUGAUGAACCAGUAUCUGUCACUGGGCCUAACUUUGACUCGGACCGGAAUGUGAUUCUCUGGUUGGAUCACAGGCCGGUUGAAGAGGCCGAGAAGAUCAAUGCCACGAACCAUAAUCUGCUCCGCUAUGUCGGCGGGAAGAUGUCCGUUGAGAUGGAAAUGCCCAAGGUUCUAUGGCUGAAAAAUCACAUGCCCAAGGACCUCUUCGACCAGUGCAAGUUUUUUGACCUGGCAGAUGCGUUGACUCACAUUGCUACGGGUAAUGAAAAAAGAAGCUUCUGCAGUGUCGUCUGUAAGCAGGGCUACGUUCCGGUCGGCGUGGACGGGAGCGUCAAAGGGUGGCAGGAAGAUUUCUUGAACGAAGUUGGCCUAGAAGAACUUACCACGGAUGACUUUAAACGGGUCGGAGGUGUUGACAGGGUGAACGGCGAUUAUCUGAGUGCCGGCGAGCUUGUCGGCACGCUCUGCGAUAAAGCAGCCUCUGAGCUCGGACUGCCGUCUGGUAUCGCCAUAGGCAGCGGUGUCAUCGAUGCCUACGCGGGCUGGAUCGGUACCGUUGGCGCGAAGGUUGAGCUGGAGUCAGACCAACUGAGCUCGGACGCUGCAAAGAACGACAAGUCCCAAGCCUUCUCACGACUGGCAGCCGUAGCCGGGACGUCAACAUGCCAUCUCGCCAUGUCUCGGGAUCCGGUUUUCGUCCCUGGCGUUUGGGGUCCCUACCGCGACACGAUCCAGCCGGGCUACUGGAUGGCCGAGGGCGGACAGUCUGCCACGGGGGAGUUACUCAAACAUGUCAUCGAGACGCAUCCCGCGUUCAACCAGGCUCUCUCCAUCGCGGAGUCCUACAACGACAAUAUCUACGAAUACCUGAACGAGCACCUCAAAGAAAUGGCGCAGGAGCAAAAAGCCCCCAACAUCUCCUACCUCGCACGCCAUUUCUUCUUCUACGGCGACCUCUGGGGCAACAGGUCUCCCAUCGCGGAUCCGCGCAUGACCGGCUCCGUCAUAGGCCUCUCAAGCGACAAGUCCGUAGACGGACUCGCCAUAUACUACUACGCCACGCUCGAAUUCAUAGCCCUGCAGACCCGGCAGAUCGUCGAAACGAUGAACCAAUCCGGCCACAGCAUCACAUCGAUCUUCAUGUCGGGGUCGCAGUGCCAAAACGACAUCUUGGUCAAACUCAUCGCGUCCGCGUGCAACAUGCCCGUCCUCAUCCCCCGGUAUAUCCAUGCGGCUGUCUGCCAUGGCGCGGCGAUGCUGGGCGCAAAGGCCGCUAGCGCUGCCGCCGAGGGCAAGACCGAGGAUCUGUGGGAUAUCAUGGAUCGGAUGAGUAAACCGGGGAAGAAGAUCGUGCCGACGGUUGAUGCUAACGAGAAGGCCCUGCUAGAUGUCAAGUAUAAGGUCUUUUUGGACCAGUGUUAUAAGCAGCAGGAGUAUCGGGCCCUUGUUGAUGAUGCCGUGGGUGCGUGGAAGGCUACUUGAUCGUCCGUGCCAGUCCUGCUGCUUUGAGGCUGCUCUUGAGGCAUGUUAUUAACCAAGGAAGAGAAGUAGUGGUGGGUAAGGAAAGUAAUGUGGGUUCCUGUUGAUUUUGUAAAACAUCAUUGAAGCACAUCUUGCGAGUGUAA